AAGAUAUGGUCUGUCAAGAAAGAUCAAGAGGCAGCGGCGAGGAAAAAACCUAGAAUGACAGCUGCUCAAUUGAGAGUACAAAAAGAUCUCACCGAAUUGGAAUUACCAUCAACCAUGAAGACUAAUUUCCCCGAUCCUGCCGAUGUACUCAAUUUUGAACUUACUAUCAUUCCUGAUGAGGGAAUGUAUAAAGGCGGUCAAUUUCAUUUCACUUUCGUCAUUAACCCAAACUAUCCACAUGAUCCUCCUAAAGUCCGUUGUACUCAGAAAAUCUAUCAUCCGAAUUUAGAUCUUGAAGGGAAUGUCUGUUUAAAUAUCUUAAGGGAAGAUUGGAAACCUGUAUUGAAUUUGUCUUCGGUCAUGAUAGGUUUACAAUAUCUUUUCUUGGAACCAAACCCCGAUGACCCAUUGAACAAAGAAGCGGCGGAAGACUUGCGGAGAAGUCGAGAUGCUUUCAUUCAGAAUGUUAAGGUUUCCAUGAGAGGAGGUUCUGUCCGAGGGGAGACCUUUGACAAAGUCCUUCAGACUUGA